AUGGAAUCACUUGAAGGGAAGGUCUACGCCUUCACCGGUGGUGCUGGCGGCAUCGGCCUUGCAACGGCAAAGAUCAUCGCCACGCGUGGCGCCACGGAGCGCCUUGCAGACAUCGAGACUGAUGCCAUGAGAGACGCCGAGGCCUACUUUAGGGAACAGGAGACGCCCUUCUCCGUCACAAAGGUCGACGUCUCCAACAAGGACGAGUUUGGCCGCCUGGACGGUGCAGCCAACGUGGCCGGUGCUAUAGGCAAGCACCACGGCAUCCGGGCAGUCGCAGACCUCGAGGAUGAAGAGUGGCAUAAGAUCAUUGCUGUCAACUUGACAGGUUGCAUGUACUGUCUCAGGGCGGAACUCAGAAACAUAGCGGACGGUGGCUCCAUUGUCAACGCAGCGUCGAUUCACGGCAUCAGGGGGUUUGCCAAGCAUGACGCGUAUGAUGCCAGCAAGCACGGCGUAAUUGGGCUGACACGAGCGGCAGCCAACGAUAACGACUCCCGCGAGGUCCGCGUCAACGACGUGGCCCCCGGCGCUAUUUACACGCCGCUGAUGGAGAAGUUUCACAACCACCCGUUAGAUGCCGCCUUCGACGAGCCAACGGCAUUCCAGCGUCAAGGCACCGCCGAGGAGUGCGGAAAUGUCAUCGCAUUCCUACUCAGCCCAGAGAGUUCUUUCAUGAGCGGCAGCAUCUAUCAAGUCGAUGGAGCGUGGCUCUAA